AUGACUCUUCUCAAAGUAACCGAAGGCAAAGUUCCUUUCGCUCAUCCCUCUCUACCAGCAGAUUCAAACCCGCAUACCUUCUACCGUAUACUCGGUGACAUUUCUGUCGCGAAGCCCGUUGUCGCCCUCCAUGGCGGUCCUGGAAUUCCGCACGGCUAUCUCACGCCACUCUUCGAGCACUUCCAUAAACAGACAAAGACGCCCGUAAUUCUCUACGAUCAGAUUGGGUGUGGGCAAUCCACUCGCUACCCAGAGAAAGCCGGGGAUGAAUCUUUCUGGACCAUCGCCCUCUUUGCCUCCGAGCUUGAUAAUCUGCUUGAGCAUCUCGGCGUCAACGAGUUUGAUCUGUACGGCCAUUCUUGGGGCGGAAUGCUUGCUGCGGUAGUCGCGACGGAGUCCUCUUCGCCCAAACUAGCUCAUAGAGUCGAAAAAUUGGUUCUAGCCAGUAGCCCAGCAAGCAUGAAGCUUUGGGCGACGGCACAGCGUGCUUGGCUGAAGGGGAUGUCAAGGGAAGUCCAAGAUGCCAUUGAACAGGCGGAAAAGGACAAUAAUUACGAGUCGAAGGAGUACCAGGACGCAGUACUAGAGUAUUACAAGGUGCACUUGUGUCGUGUGUGGCCCUUCCCCCAGGCUCUAGCGGACGCUUUCGGAGAGUUGGAAAAGGAUCCAACUGUGUAUAUGACCAUGUGCGGGCCUAGCGAGAUCACUAUUACUGGAAACUUGAAAGACUACGAUUGGAUCGAGGAGAGUAAACAGAUCAAAGCUCCAACUCUCGUUAUUCACGGGGAGUUUGACGAGGCGUCGACCUUGGUGGUCGAACCUUGGCAAAAUAGCAUCCCAAGUGUGCAAUUGGUCACUCUUAGCGAUGGCGCUCAUAUUGUCCAUCUGGAACAGCUCGAGAAAUACUCUGGUUUGCUGGAAAGAUUCCUCCAAGGUUAA